UGGUGGCGCUGAGUCCCAUCGAGCCAGCCGCCGCGGAAGGAACGUUGCUCGUGAGGCACAAGUGUUUCCGGUGCCAGAGCGGCAUUACGUACGGUCACCGGGCUUGGCAACACUGCGCGUGAGCCCCACCGUUUGGUUACGAGUAGUACGAUCGGCUCGCAGGGCGCGAACGCUUUCGUCGUCGCGCUCGUCACCGUCACCAUCGUUUGGCUCCGUGGAAACAUGCACAACGCUGAUUCGACCGAAGUCAUCGACUUGGCCAAUCACGUGGACACGUCCAGGCCUACCAUGGACCAGAGACAUCGUAUAAUCGGAGCCGAAGAUAGUGCGCCCACCGAUCCAGGCAUAUGUGGUAAAAUUUUGAUUGGAUGUGCUUGGGCGCUCGUCGUCGUGACGUUUCCGUUUUCAUUGUUCGUCUGUUUCAAAGUGGUUCAAGAGUACGAAAGGGCCGUAAUAUUCCGUUUGGGGCGUUUGGUGUCAGGUGGAGCGAAAGGGCCCGGUAUAUUUUUCAUUUUGCCCUGCAUCGACAAUUACGCACGCGUUGACUUGAGAACGCGCACCUACGAUGUGCCACCGCAGGAGAUAUUGACUAAAGACAGCGUGACAGUUUCUGUGGACGCUGUGGUUUACUACCGGGUGUGCAACGCUACAAUAUCGGUGGCAAACGUGGCCAACGCUCAUCAGUCCACCAGAUUGCUGGCUCAAACCACGCUUAGGAACGUCUUGGGAACUAGACCGUUGCACGAGAUCCUCAGCGACCGAGAUGCUAUAUCAAAAACUAUGCAAGUGUUGUUGGACGAAGCGACCGAAUCGUGGGGUAUCAAAGUUGAACGGGUUGAAAUUAAAGACGUGCGGCUGCCGGUGCAGUUGCAGAGGGCUAUGGCAGCUGAAGCAGAGGCGGCCCGGGAAGCUCGAGCGAAAGUCAUAGCGGCGGAAGGUGAACAGAAAGCAUCACGAGCACUCCGGGAAGCUUCCGAAGUCAUAAGCGAUUCUCCGGCUGCUCUGCAGCUCAGAUAUCUACAAACUUUGAACACAAUAUCAGCUGAGAAAAAUUCUACUAUAGUGUUUCCGUUGCCAAUCGAUAUUAUUUCAUUUUUCACGAGGCCACGAGAACCUACUAAUGUUCCACCAAAGGAAAGCAGUUAAACAAGAAGUAACAUGCACGUUAUUAACUUUAAAUAAACCGUUGUAAAUCUAUGAAAAAUUUAAUGUUAAUUACACAAUAGUUAAUUUAAUAUUAUAUUCAUCUAAGUUACGUUAAUCUAAGAUAUUAUAUCGGCACUAAAUAAGGUAUACAUUUUGAAAGUGACGUACAUGGGGGUGUCUGGUUUCAAACUCCCUCCAGUGCCAAAAAAAAAAAAAUUGUUUUAUUAUUGAUGACGUGUAAUAUAUUCGUAGUUUCAUUAUUACGCUUUGAACUUAAAAUAUACAAUUAAACAAAUAUUAUGAUAAUUAAAUAAUUAAAUUGAUAGGUGUUUGUAAAGUUUAGUUAACUGUGCUGUUUUUAUAAUCCAAUAGCGAUUAAUUUACUGCAAUGUAAAAGUAAACUGUAAAUUGGUAAAAUAAUAUCUAUUUAUAGCAGUUAUUUAUUUUAUUUAUCUGUGCAACGAAAAAAAAAAGAUAACGAUUAUUUUUGUUAACUCCCCAAAGCAAGAUUAAAUGUACGCCACUGCAUUUGGAUUGAUAAGUUAUUACAAUAGUAAGAGCUGUACAUUUUUAUAUUUUGUUUAACAAUUUAUAUAUUUAUUUUUAAUUCGUUGGUAUUGUUACCAUUGUGGUGCAAAAACUAUCAAAUAUUUUGGAAUUUUAUUUUGUGUAAUGAUAUUGUUGUGGAUUUUUAAAUUAUGUAA